UUGUCAGAGCAACACCCUACCGCCGCUGUUGAGUUACAUUAGCAAGUAUAGCCAUUUAUAUCAAAGGAACGUGGUAUCCGAGGGAAUUGCUGCAACUACUCAGUUUGUUACUUUGGGUAUAUGUCUUUGUGCAACGAGUUAUAACAUGUUGACUUGCAUCAGUCGUUUCAGAGCGCACCACCACCAUUGUGGUGAAUAGGAAGACGUUUGAGAAAGUCAUGCAGCAUCAAAUCGAUUGCUGAGAAUUCAGUGUUCACGACAUCUUUCAAGAAAACUCAAUGUCCAUUUUCUAAACGAACGAGCCCUGUUGCCUUUUGGAUGCACGUAGCAACAUACACCAAACAGGCCUAAUCAGAGACCUACAUUCCAUGCCUGUGGUCCCGUGCUAAGCACUAAAAGCCAGCCAAUGAUGCUAACCUUCACCACCCCUGAAGCAGAGGACGAAGCCUGUUGCCGGGACUCCCCGCAGAAACCUAGACCUCAAUUCACCCACUCAUGCCUGUGAUCCCUAUCCCUCGGCGAGUGCGCAGCUUCCAUGGCCCCCACACCACCUGCAUGCACUCGGCCUGCGGGCCGGCGCGCACCACCCAGCUUGUGCGCACCAAGUACAACAACUUUGACCUGUACCUGCGCUCGCGCUGCAUGUACGGCUUCCUGCGCUUCCUGCUCUACUUUGGCUGCAGCCUUCUGACCUCCCUCCUCUGGGUGUCGCUGUCUGCUCUCUUCUGCCUGCAGUACGUGAGCGCGCGCCUUUUCCUGCGGCUGCAGUACAAGCUGUCCGUGAUCCUGCUGUUGCUAGGACACCGGCGCUUUGACUUUGGGGUGCUCAACAACCUGUUCAUCUACAGUAUGCAGGUCACAAUGUUCCUGGUGGGAGGCCUGGGCUGGUGCUUCUUGGUGUUUGUGGACAUGUAGCGAGCGUCUGGUUACAACAGACCAUGGAUCACUGUUUUAUGCCAAUGUCAGACAUCCACCUGAGUGAUGCACGGCAGCCAUUUUGUACCAAAACACUACACACAGCAGCAGUUGUGAUGAAGGCAUGAGGGUGACCAGGAAUAAAAGGUGGACAGAUUAUAUAGUGCAGGGAUUCAUGAAAGACCAAACAAUCAUACUUUUUUUCACAAACACACACACACACAGAAAAGUAUGUGGACAGCCCUUCAAAAGAGUGGAUUUGGCUAUUUCAGGAUCACCCUUUGCUGACAGUUGUAUAAAAUCAAGCACACAGCCAUGCAAUCUCCAUACACAAACAUUGGCAGUAGAGUGGCCUUACUGAAGAGCUCAGUUACUUUCAACGUGGCACCAUCAUAGGAUGCCACAUUUCCAACAAGCCUAUUCGUAAAAAUGUUACCGUGCUAGAGCUGCCCCAGUCAACUGUAAGUGCUGUUAUUGUGAAGUGGAAACAUCUAGGACUUAGCCAUGAAAUGGUAGGCCACACAAUCUCACAGAACGGGAUCGCUGAAGCGCGUAAAAAUCAUCUAUACUCAAUUGUAACACUCGCUACCGAGUUCCAAACUGCCUCUGGAAGCAACUUCAGCACAAAAACUGUUAGUUCGGAGCUUCGUGAAAUGGGUUUCCAUUGCAGAGCAGCCACACACAAGCCUAAGACCACCAUGUGCAAUGACAAGCGUCGGCUGGAAUGGUGUAAAGCUCACCGCCAUUGGACUCUGGAGCAGUGGAAAUGCGUUCUCUGGAGUGAUGAAUCCCGCUUCACCUUCUGGUAGUCCAACGAACGAAUCUGGAUUUGUCGGAUGCCAGGAGAACGCUACCUGCUCCAAUAGUGCCAACUGUAAAGUUUGUUGGAGGAGGAAGGAUGUCCUGGGGCUGUUUUUCAUGGUUUGGGCUAGGCCCCUUAGUUCCAGUGAAGGGAAAUCUUAACACUACAGCAUACAAUAACAUUCUAGACUAUUCUGUGCUUCCAACUUUGUGGCAACAGUUUGGGGAAGGUCCUUUCCUGUUUCAGCAUGACAAUGCCCCCGUGCACAAAGCGAGGUUCAUACAGAAAUGGUUUGUUGAGAUUGGUGUGAAAGAACUUGACUGGCCUGCACAGAGCCCUGACCUCAACCCUAUAAAACACCUUUGGGAUGAAUUGGAACGCCGACUGCGAGCCAUGCCCAAUCGCCGAACAUCAGUGCCAGGCCUCAUAAUGCUCUUGUGUCUGACUGAAAGCAAGUCGCCACAGCAAUGUUUCAACAUCUAGUGGAAAGCCUUCCCUGAAGAGUGGAGGCUGUUAUAGCAGCAAAGGGAAAACCACUCCAUAUGAAUGCCCAUGAUUAUGGAAUGAGAUUUUCAUUGAGCAGGGCCUGUCCAGGACCUUCUGCAUUCGUAACCAAGUGGGAGGUGUGAAUCAACCAGUUGUGAAGUCGUAAAUACCAGUUGGAUGCAUUCACAUGCUUUGAACUUGUUCAGAAACGCCUAUUGGCUAAUGGCCAACAAACUGUGUAAACCAUAAACUAAAAGUGCAGUUAUCAUCAUGCUUGUAAACAAAUUAUAGUGUUCAAAAACCAUAUUAACAGAUCAUUUAUAAAAAGCAAUGUUUUUGUUGCAUUUAACUGCAGAAAAUUCUGUUAUCCAGGUCAUUUCCGAGGUAAGUGACGUCAGGUCAGCAUGUGGGAACUCAGGAUGAUGGACGAGUUUCACACUAGUAAUUAUCAGUUAGAGGCCAUUCAAGUGGAUAUUUCUCCAGUAGUGUGUGGUAAAUUCCCACUUCCCACUUGGUUACAAAUGGAGCACUAGUUAUAGUCACAGCAUCUCAGUACUUAAACAGUAAGAGAGCUGAGUUUCCACCAUACUGCUUUCUCUAGUCAGUCUAUUUCAGAUCAGCGCUCAAUAUUAAGGAAAGGAGUUAAGAAAACCAUUUGAAUGAUUUGGGACAUGCCCAAGAUUUUGGAUGAACCCAGCUCCACACCAACUCAUUCAAGGGUUUUUCUUUAUUUUUUACAAUUUUCUACAUUGUAGAAUAAUAGUGAAGACAUCAAAACUAUGAAAUGACACAUAUGGAAUAAAAAAAAGUGUUAAAACAAA